AUGAAGCGUUACUUGGAUCACCAGAACUUACAACAAAGGAUUUGGUUGGUAUUUUCGAACAGUCAAAAGGGAUUGUUUUACAUUGAAUUUUAUUUUUCUAAUGAAAAAUAUGGUCAUAAUAAAGGGACGACAGCUGAAAGCCUUGUCAUGAAACCUUUAACAUCUUUCGCCAAACUCACGCCAGAAAACAUCAUAUCACAAGGAGGACUCUUAACAUUAGUAGCUGCGUACAUGAAGCAUGCAGAGAUACUAGAUUUAAUACGUGAUAUGAGAAAUUUUUGGGAACUAGACGAUGUACAAGACGAAAAUGAAAGAAACGCUAACUUCGCUAUAUUAAAAACGGUCAAAAUCAUAUUUAUCUACUUUUUGUGUUUCGCUGUAAGCCCUUCAUCGUUUUUCUGUUUCAGACCGUUCAUUUUACGAAAGAGAAUGUUAGCGUUCAACAGUUAUAUUCCUGAAAGUAUCCCUUAUCCUAUAUUGUAUCUUCUUGAGACUUAUGCCUUUGUUGUGACCUAUUUUUCCUGCUUGUCUUGGGAUGGGUUCUGUGCCACUGUGAUUAUUGUGGCGUAUGUGCAAUGGCGAAUCUUAAAUCGAGAGAUUAGAAGAAUGUUGGAGCUCAAAAUUGAAAGUGAAGAAGAUAAAGAAAUAAUGAGGAAGAAAGUGAAGAGAUGUGUCGAUCAACAUCACUUUUUGUAUAGGUAUUCGAGUAAAAUAAAUGAUGCGAUGUCCAACAUAUUAUUGAUAUUUUUUGCUCUUACUGUGUCAGCCAACUGUAUUGAAAUUUUUAAA